CAAGAGCUGUCAAACUCACCCCGAUGGCCGAACCGUCUGACUCCUCGUCCGAAUGGGCACAGGGGGCGUCACAGCCAAAGGUGAUUGAAACGAUUCUUGAAUCUGCCAAAAAGGCGUUUGACCCAUCUCUUGACACGGACUCUCGGGAGCUACGGGAGAAGGAAUAUGAGGAUACCAUCGCGAAAACGGACACGUGGGCGCUUAUCCAUGCCCUCAAUACGGUCAUUAAACCAGACGUCCUGCCUGCAUGGCUCAGGCAAACCAUUUUGAAGACACUCACAUUGGUUCCUCUCAGACCGGAUGGUGUUCGAGGGACAUUGGAGUUCGUCUUCUCCGUUCACCCUAGCAAUAGUACGUCAGGGGCAGGCGCGUCCCAACCGCAGAAGGGCGGCGCUGGCAUUACACACGAAGCUGUUGCAGUGGCAACCAAACUGCUAUCGUCCGUGCCGUCAUCUAUGUCCCCGGAUGCGUGGUUCGAGGGGAUAUCUGGUCAACUAUUCAAUCUCUUUGAUGGCGGAGAUGGGCCUGAACUUGCUAAGACCGCGGCGCAAAUUGUCGGUUUCGGGAUACUCGGGAAAAGACAGUUUGGUGCUCCUGGUGCGCCUGGAUGGAACGCCUUCGUGAAACCACUAUUGGACAACAUCAGCCCAACCAUUGAGUCACAAAGCAGCGAACAAAAUAGCGUAACACCGGAACCAGAGAUUAUUGACAUGCGGCGAGGUCAAGUACUGGUAACAGCACAAUCACUAGAGACGGCGGUUCGGCGCCUCCAAAUACUGAUCCACUCCAACCCAUCGCCGGGCCUUUGCAGGAGAGUUCUCCGACCAGUUAUCCUCCAACUCUGGAGCCUCUCGUCUUGGAACGGCGUCUCGACGCACACCGAACAGCACGUCUGCAGCGCAGCACGCAGUCUCGUCCAGAUGUACCUCAGGUUAUUUGGCACACUGGACAGCAUUGUCUCUCUCAUCGAGAAUGUAACGUGUACAGGAUCGACAAAUGCAUCGGGAGUUCAAUGGACAUAUCACGUGUACCACGAUGGAGAGUUGAACAUUGUUGAGCGCCACGAACACCCUGUACAAGGUCAUGAACCCCUGGAUUUGGCCAUCAUUGAACGAAGAACAACGAGUCUCGUCGACACAAUCACGGCAUCUUGCUCGAACGAGGAAGUUUCCGCAGUCUUCCUUCAUCUGUUGCGCCGCUGGAUUAAGACUUCACACAGGCAGCGCGACACGGGCAUACAGAUCAGGGCCCCAAUUGACAACGACCUUACACCCGUCGAAGAGCUCAUCGAAGUGAGCGUAUUGCAAACGCUCAUGGACAAGGCACCAGAGAAGCUUGUCGGCCACUUUGAUCAAUUAUUGGACGUCAUCAGCCAAGUCUUGGCAGCCGAUGAGCGUUCACCACUGGGGGAUGAUCUCAUCGCCAUCGUCUUGAGUCUGCUGAACCUUGUAAUUACAGCACCAAGCUUCCAGAAGUCCGACAUCAGUCCCGACGAGCUGCGAACCAUCGAGGGCGCACUCGACCGGAUAGGCAGUAGAGAUCAGCCCGAUACCUCCCCCACAGCGAGGAACUUGGCGAUGCUGUUGAAGUAUCGCGAUCAAGUGGAAGAUCCAGAUGACGUCAAACCAAGGCCGUCCACAAGGCAGAUAGAGGACAGGAAGAUCUACAACCUGGCCAUGAGCUACAUCACGGGCGAUAGCAAUAACUCGCCGCCGGUCGUGUCCGAGGGCCUGAACAUGCUCUCUACACUGAUAGUUUCAGAGAGCCCAAUACUGGAUAUCACCGCAAUCACCGUGCUCAUGUCCAAUCUACUGAAGGAAAACGAGGACUACAUCAACUUGAGGGUCGUCAAGGUGUUCACACAACUCGCGAACAAACACCCGAAGUCGACGAUGAGGGAGCUUCUCGACAAUUACUUGGACCCGCAAGAGAAGGCCGCAACGGAUGUGCGGCUCAGAUUCGGCGAGGCAUUGGCGCAGGUCAUCGAGCGUCUAGGCCAAACAUUCUCUGGCGAAGUAGCGCAGCAAGCUUGUGAAAGCCUCCUUUCCAUUGCCGGUCGCCGUGGCUAUCGACCGAAAACAAUGGCCAGACAGGAGAGGGAUGACAGAUUGCAGAAGCUAAAGCAGGAAAGGGGGGUAGAUGAUUCGGGUGAGGAUGUUGACACGGAGCAAGACGAACAUCUGACUGAAGAGGAAAAGGCGGACAACGCUGUAUUGGCACAGAUUGUUCAGGGGUGGGACAGCAAAAGAGGAAGCGAGGACAUUCGCAUGAGGACGUCGUCGCUAUCGAUAUUCGGAGCGGCGCUCGAGACGAACAUUGGGGGGAUUGGACCAACGUUGGUCUCCAAUGGCGUUGACCUAUGCGUCAGCGUGCUCACGCUUGAGCGGCAGCCAGAGGCUGGGAUACUUCGCCGGGCGGCAGUCGUGGUCAUCCUCAACUUUGUCAAAGCCCUGAGCGAUGCAAAGGAGUCCAACAAAUCACUCGGCUUUGGUCUCACCGACAGCAGCCGCCAAGACAUGCACACGACACUCGAAUACGUGGCACAGACGGACAAUGACGGGCUAGUGCAGCAACACGCUCGUGACGUUGCCGAGACGCUGGAAAACUGGGGGAUCGGGAGUCUGCUACCAAGCCAAGGCGAAACGACUGCGCCAAAACUGACACAUUUGGCGGGUCUACGAGUAAAUGAGGAUGGGAAUCUCGUUGAUGCAUCUGGGCGACCUCGUCCUAGGAUUGAGGAGGUAGAAUGAAGAGAAGAAAGAGAUUAGACGUCGACUACUGACAGGUACGGGUCAUGCAGAUAUAAUUUUGGAAACCGGGGACUAGGCACGCCAAAAAGGCUGGGCGGCAUGAAACAGCAGCGACACCCCGGCGGACCAUAAGUUUAUGCAGACGACGAGACACUCGUGUCCGUCGGCGUGGAGGAUCACGGCGGCUGAUUUUCCGUGGCUGGCGGAUCCGACACGGCGGUGCUGAUCUGACCCGAUGAUCAGCACCCGGAUCGCCCUUGACGGCCGUUGAGUAGGAGACGGAGACGGCGGUCUGGACUCGGUCGGCGGCAGGCCGUCGGAGAUGAGCUAUGUUAUUCUCGUGUCACGUACAGGGACGGACGACUCAGACCUUGGACGUCGAGGAUGACGACGCUGACAGGGUGGAGUGCCCGGCACUCGUACAGCCUCAGUGGCGUGCUGCAAGUACAUUACCAUACGGGGAAUUUGUAGCAUGUAGUAGUAAUACGGAAAGCAACUGAGGUGAGGGGUCGUCUCGGGGUAAAUUUACG